CUAGGGGACUUAAAAAAAAAAAAAAAAAGAUCCAGAAGGAAGAAGAGAGAAAACGUAAGAGUUGCUUAAACCAUAAACCUCAAGCAACAACAAUAACAAGAGUCAGAAGAACUUAGUUGGCUCCACCUCUCUUUUCCUUGAAAAAUUUUCAUGUUUAUGAUUUGAGUUUCGUUUUCUGGAAAUUUGAAUCUUUCCAGUCCAAAAAGAAAGAAAAAAAGGUGACAGAUUUUUUUUUGGAUGAUUUGGAUUUUGGAGAUAAAGGAAGGAGAAAGAUCAGAUCAGAGAGGAUGAAGAUUCAGUGCAACGUUUGUGAAGCGGCGGAAGCGGUGGUUCUAUGUUGCGCCGACGAGGCUGCUCUGUGUUGGGCUUGCGAUGAGAAGAUUCACGCUGCUAAUAAACUCGCCGGAAAACAUCAGAGAGUCCCUCUCUCUGUCUCUUCCUCUUCCAUACCCAAAUGUGACAUUUGUCAGGAAGCUUCUGGAUUCUUCUUCUGUCUGCAAGAUAGAGCUUUACUAUGUAGGAAAUGUGAUGUUGCAAUCCACACUGUGAAUCCUCAUGUCUCAGCUCACCAGAGAUUUCUUCUCACUGGAAUCAAAGUUGGUCUUGAAUCUAUAGAAUCUGGUCCGUCUGUUAAAUCCUCACCUACCAAUGAUACCAUGGACACAAAACCACUUGUUCAGUCUUUACCUCCUGAGCCUCAAAAGAUUGAUCAUCAUCAUCAUCAUCAUCAGCAGCAAGGAGUUUUCCCGGAAUGUAAAGUCAGUGAUCAAGUUUCGACAAAGCUUCCUUUUGCAAGCAGCGGAUCAGCUACUGGAAGCAUUCCUCAGUGGCAAAUAGAGGAGAUUUUUGGGCUUACCGACUUUGAUCAGAGCUAUGAAUACAUGGAGAACAAUGGAUCAUCUAAGGCUGAUACUAGUAGACGAGGAGAUUCAGACAGCUCUUCGAUGAUGAGAUCUGCAGAAGAAGAUGCAGAAGAUAACAAUAACUGCUUGGGAGGUGAGACAUCAUGGGCUGUUCCACAGAUUCAGUCUCCACCUACAGCUUCUGGUCUUAACUGGCCUAAUAAGCAAUUUCACCACCACUCAGUGUUUGUUCCAGACAUAUUUUCUUCAGAUCUUUACACCGGUUCAUCCCCGAAACAAAGGGUUGGGAAACGGCGGCGGUGGUGAAAAGCAACUAUCUUCUGGCCGUUUUGAGGAAAGAGAUCGGCAGCUUUCUCAGUAGAUCACAUGGAUGAUUUGGAAACUUGUACUGUAGUUGGUCUGUGAGAGUCGAUGUUCUUUGUUCUUUAUUAGCUGGAAAAAACAGAGAAGAGGUCGUUUUCAGAAACAUGUUUAUUUGGUUGAAAGGUUAUAUAAGGAGAUUAAAUUGUUGAAUUUAUCGUUUUGGCUUAACUAAUUAAGUUAUCAGAAAACGUGUUCUUUCA